AUGAUUGAAUACAUACUGCGGCCAUACGUCUUGGCCGUUGUCUUUGUUGUGGUGCUUGUGCUUCUAUACCGUCGACGCCAGCCGAAACCAAGCCUGCCUGACCUGCCGUGGCUUAACACCAAAGAAGGCGAACUGUUCACGACCUUGCGUUCCAGAUUUCGCUCGACUCUCAACUACAAAGAGUCGAUUCAUCAAGCUUAUGAACAGUAUUCGAAGAACGACAAAUCAUGCAUAAUUGCCAAACUAAGUGGGGACGAGAUUGUGCUCCCAGCGUCGUCAAUAACCUGGCUCAUCAAUCAGCCAGAGAGUAUUUUGAGCGCGGACGAACCUCACAAGGACGUUCUGCAGACCGAGUACACGUUUGUUCACCCGGUCGUUGUUGAUCAGCCCCUACACCACGAGACCAUCAGAAGCGAGCUUACUCGCCAGCUGGGCGCCCUGACCAUGGACAUCAUGGACGAGUUAGGCGCUGCAUUUGAUGAGAUCUGGGGCACUGAUACGACCGAAUGGAAGGAGGUCUGUCCUUUUGAAACCCUCAAGCUCAUCAUCGCUCGAACCAGCAAUCGAGUCUUUGUCGGGCUGCCUCUAUGUCGGAACAAGGCACUCUUGGAGCACGGAAUGGGUUUUGCAACUGCCGUUCCGAUUGCAUCAACUCUACUCAAGCUGUUCCCUGAAUUCCUCCGUCCUCUUGCUGCUGUCGUCAUCGCACGGCCAAACCGAUACCACACGAAGUCCUUCGCGCGCCUUGUUCGACCCGAGAUCGAGCGACGCCAGAGACUUCUUGAAGGUCAGAAUGGCGAUCUUGAGAAGAAACUUGGCGAUCCAGAACCUAACGAUUUCAUGCAAUGGUCGAUUCAUCGAGCCCGUGAAAGUCCGUACCCCACCGAGCGCGACCCCGACAUCAUUGCCGAAAGACUGCUUGCCGUCAAUUUCGCCGCGAUCCACACGUCAACAUUCAGCAUCACUAACGCCCUUUUCGACCUCGUCGCUUCUGACCCAUCUACGAAGUACUUGGAACAGAUCCGCGAGGAAGCCAGCACUAUAAUCGAGGCCGACAAAGGCGUGUGGACCAAGGCCGGCCUCGCAAGGAUGUACAAGACCGACUCCGCACUGCGGGAGUCCUCUCGACUGGGCUCUUUCUUGGGUGCCGGGCUGCUGCGCCAAGUCGUAGCGCCGGAGGGAGUCACUGCUCCUAAUGGAACAUUAUGUCCUUUCGGCAGCUGUGUCGCUGUUCCGACCAAUGGCGUCCACAACGAUCCAGAGUAUUACCCUGAUGCCGCGACAUAUAAUCCCUUCCGUUUCUCUGCGGAACGAGCAUCAUCGACAGCAGAGUCACUAGAAACUCUAAACGACAAAUCCAAUACCAAAACCACAGAAGAGUACAUUAGGAAAGCGAAUCUUUCCUUUGUCAGUACUUCUCCGACAUAUCAUCCGUUCGGACACGGAAGACAUGCCUGCCCAGGAAGGUUCUUCGCAGCAAAUGAGUUGAAGUUGCUAUUGGCGUAUAUGGUGCAGCAUUACGAAUUUGAGCCCAUGAAAGAGAGGCCUGCGAGUCAAUGGAUCGGGACGAGUCUGGUGCCGCCCAUGACUGCGACCGUCAAGGUGAGGCGAAGGAAGGAGAGUGUGUAG